AUGUCCUGGUUCUACAAGGCACCACGUCAGCAUCUCCCUAGCAUGUCCCCUGGUGGCUGGGAAGGCGGGUACCCCGAGAUCGUCAAGGAGAACAAGCUCUUCGAGCACUACUAUCAGGAACUCAAGAUCGUGCCAGAGGGCGAGUGGGACUUGUUCAUGGAAGCGCUCAGGGAGCCCCUCCCGGCCACUUUGCGAAUUACUGGCUACAAAAGCCACGCAAAGGAGAUUCUCCAUUGCUUAAAGAACAAGUAUUUCAAGGAAUUGGAAGACCUGGAGGUGGAUGGUCAGAAAGUUGAAGUUCCACAGCCCCUGAGCUGGUAUCCUGAAGAACUUGCCUGGCACACAAAUUUAAGUCGAAAAAUCUUGAGAAAGUCUCCACAGUUGGAAAAGUUUCACCAGUUUCUGGUUAGCGAAACCGAAUCUGGAAAUAUCAGUCGUCAAGAAGCCGUGAGCAUGAUCCCACCACUGUUACUCAAUGCUCACCCUCACCAUAAGAUCUUAGAUAUGUGUGCAGCGCCUGGAUCAAAGACCACACAGUUAAUUGAAAUGUUACAUGCUGACAUGAAUGUCCCUUUCCCAGAGGGGUUCGUCAUCGCGAAUGAUGUGGACAACAAGCGUUGCUAUCUGCUCGUUCAUCAGGCCAAAAGGCUGAGCAGCCCCUGCAUCAUGGUGGUCAACCACGAUGCGUCCAGCAUACCUAGACUCAAAAUAGAUGUGAAUGGGAGGAAAGAGAUUCUCUUCUACGAUCGCAUCUUAUGUGACGUCCCUUGCAGUGGAGAUGGCACUAUGAGAAAAAACAUUGAUGUCUGGAAGAAGUGGACGACCUUAAAUAGCUUGCAGCUGCAUGGCUUACAGCUGCGGAUCGCAACACGCGGUGCUGAGCAGCUGGUGGAAGGCGGUAGGAUGGUGUAUUCUACGUGUUCACUAAACCCCGUUGAAGAUGAAGCAGUCAUAGCAUCUUUGCUGGAAAAAAGUGAAGGUGCUUUGGAGCUUGCUGAUGUCUCUUCUGAGUUGCCAGGACUAAAGUGGAUGCCUGGAAUUACACACUGGAAGGUAAUGACGAAAGACGGACAGUGGUUUACGGAGUGGGAAGAUGUUCCUCACAGCAGACAUACCCAGAUCCGGCCCACUAUGUUCCCACCAAAGGACCCCGAGAAGUUACAGGCGAUGCAUCUAGAGCGUUGUCUUAGGAUAUUACCACAUCAUCAAAAUACUGGAGGGUUCUUUGUGGCAGUAUUAGUGAAAAAGUUUUCAAUGCCCUGGAAUAAACGUCCACCAAAGGGCGAGCCGGUGGAGCCCAGAGAGCCUGUGCGGUCCAGCCCUGCACACCCCACGGAAGGAGCAGCUGCGGACCCCGCUGAGCUGGAGAGUAAACCCAUCAGUGGGAUGGACGACACAGACAUAACGGAAAGACCCGAGAACGUAGAGAACAGCGGAAGUAAGAAGGACGGAGUGUGUGGUCCUCCUCCAUCUAAGAAAAUGAAGUUGUUUGGAUUUAAAGAAGAUCCGUUUGUGUUUAUUCCUGAAGAUGAUCCAUUAUUUCCACCUAUCCAGAAGUUUUAUGCGUUGGAUCCUUCGUUCCCGAAGAUGAAUUUGUUGACUAGGACUACGGAAGGGAAGAAAAGGCAGCUCUACAUGGUCUCCAAGGAGCUGAGGAAUGUGCUGGUGAACAACAGCGAGCGGAUGAAGGUUAUAAACACUGGAAUAAAAGUGUGGUGUCGGAAUAACAGUGGUGAAGAGUUUGAUUGUGCUUUCCGGUUGGCACAGGAGGGAAUAUACACGCUGUAUCCGUUUAUUAAUUCAAGAAUUAUCACUGUAUCAAUAGAAGAUGUUAAAAUUUUAUUAACCCAGGAAAAUCCAUUUUUUAGAAAACUUAGCAGUGAGACCUACAGCCAAGCCAAGGACUUGGCCAAGGGGAGCAUCGUCCUGAAGUACGAGCCAGACCCUACGAAACCAGACACCCUUCAGUGUCCCAUUGUGUUAUGUGGAUGGCGGGGAAAGGCCUCCAUUCGGACUUUUGUGCCCAAGAACGAACGGCUUCAUUAUCUCAGGAUGAUGGGACUGGAGGUGUUGGCGGAAAAGAAGAAGGAAGGGACUGUUCUGGCUCAGGAGGGCGCAGGCAGCUCUGGGCCGCCGGAGGACGAGGAGAGUGCGGAGCAUGGAGCGGAGCCGGCCGCCGGCGCGGACGCCAGCACGGACACCAGCGCGCACGCCGCCUCGGGUCCCUCGGACCCUGCCCCAGCGGAAGCCGCCCUGCCCCGGUGAGGAGGCCCCGGCACCGUCCGCACGGGCAGCCUGCAGGGGCCUCCGCCUCGGUGUUCAAGGCCAGGCCCGGAACUUCGGACCUGUAAGUACAGGUUUUUGAAGACUGGAGACGGAUGGAAUCAUAGAACAGUCGUGAAUGAUCUCAGUACUGCUUUCAUUUAUUUUUUAGCUUUGUUAGAAGUUGCUCAUUUUACUGUUUCUUUGGCAAAACUGGGUCGGUUGUGCCUGUGGCCCACGGUAGACUGUCACCAUUAGUCUUACUCCUCCCAGGAAACAAAACUGCCCUUGCAGGAAUUUUCAGGUCGCCUUUGUUGUGCCUAUGUUGGUCUUAGGGUCCGGUGUUUCUUUUAAUUAUUAUUUAUAGAAAGAAUCUAUAACUCAUCAUGGGUCAUUGGAAAACCAUCCUGUAAAUUUUAAUAAUUGUAUCAAGUUGCGCAUUAGCAGUGCGACAUUAAUGUAUGGUGGGUUAACAUCUGAGGUCUCAGAUGACUUCUGUGCCUUUGUAAUAAAAGGUAAAAUAAUAAACUCUUUUUUUCUCAGAGUACGCAGUCUCGUGAUACUAAUUGUGAGGGUUUUAGGUCUUUUUAUUGAAUGGAGUGUUUUGCAAGUCUAGGUUUUAAAUGGGGUUGGGAUCCUUGGAACAUUGAAAUAAAUUAUUAAUGAUGA